AUGCCGCAAGUGAAAAGCGUUGCUAUUAUCGGCACGGGACCGGCUGGCGCCAUUGCAGUCGAUGCUCUGGCGCAGGAGAAAGCUUUCGACCGUAUCCGUGUCUUUGAGCGACAGGAAAAGGCAGGUGGAUGCUGGGUGGCACGGCCUGAGGAGAAAGCUGUCCCUCUUGAUGUCGAGAAGCUUUCGGCAAGAAUAGCUGAUGCUCCGCUGCCGAUUCCUGCCAAUCUACCGCAAUACACACCAGCGACAUCGCAACAUCGCUUCACGGACUCCCACGUCUAUCCGAACCUACAUACCAAUGUGGACGCCGCGACUAUGGGGUAUUCUCAGGAGCCUAUCCCAGUCGUUCGUUCAGAAUGGUCAAUCGGUCUUCACGGGCCGGAUACGCCGUUCCGUCAUCAUGCGGUGAUUCGCCAAUAUGUAGAAGAUCUGCUCAAUCGAAAUGGCUACCAAGACCUUGUUGAAUACAACACCACCGUCGAAUCUGCCGUGAAAGACCCGCAUUCUGAACAAUGGGUCUUGACUCUCCGGAGGGCGGGGAAACCUGGAGAACAGGACUAUUGGUGGAGCGAAUCUUUUGACGCCCUAGUCGUCGCGUCCGGACAUUUUGCGGUGCCUUACGUACCGGCCAUUCCAGGCCUCAAGGAGUUCGUAGAAAAGUACCCCGAGCAUGUCUUACACACGAAACAAUAUCGGGGCCCGGAAAGAUAUCGUGGCAAGAAAGUAGUCACUGUUGGAGCUUCGGUGUCUGCGGCAGACACUGCUGUUAGCUUGAUUGGCUCGGCCCAAUCACCUAUCUACGCUGUGGUCCGCGGUAAAUACAACCCUUACUUUGGAGACGAAGCAUUCAAGCAUCCUCAGAUUGAGCGUCGGCCACCGAUCGCGCGGGUUGCCUGCGAGAAUGGAGAGCGAACUCUUUACUUCGAGGACGGAACCUCGGUCUCAGACGUCGAUUAUAUCAUCUUUGGCACGGGCUUUACCUGGACCUUGCCGUUCCUGCCCGACAUUCCGAUGAGAAACAAUCGUAUUCCUGAUGUGUAUCUUCAUGUCUUCCAUCGACAAGAUCCAACGUUGAUGUUCAUUGGUGGAGUUGGCGCUGGAUUGACCUUUAAGAUUUUUGAAUGGCAAGCUGUGGCCGCAGCACGGGUGCUGGCAGGCAAGGCUCAGCUACCGCCUCACGAAGAGCGACAGAAGUGGGAGCAGGAUCGGAUCGCUAAGAAGGGCGAUGGACCGGGCUUUUUGAUGGUGAAUCCCGAAUUCGAGGAAUAUUUUGAGCAACUCCGAGAGCUGGCGGGCGAGCCAAAGGAGGGCGAACCGGGGCGGAGACUGCCUCCGUUUGAACAGUCCUGGGUAAAUUUGUUCAACGCAGGCCACGAACGCCGGAUUGAGAUGUGGAAGAAGGCCAAUGCGACUGCAGCAGGGAUGGCUUUUGGUGUCUUGAUGCUGCCUCUGGUGGCAGCCAAAUCUCUAUGGUCUGAUUCACCGGGAAAUUACAGCAGUAUCAUCACCACGGCCUUUCCUUUAGGCAAUGGCCGGCUUGGGGCGAUGCCCAUAGGCCUGCCCGGCAAGGAGAUUGUCAACCUGAAUGUGGACUCCUUGUGGCGCGGAGGUCCUUUCGAGAAUCCAGCAUAUUCUGGUGGCAAUCCUAAUGUCUCCAAGGCCGAUGCUUUGCCUGGAAUUCGAGACUGGAUCUUUCAGAACGGAACCGGCAAUGUGACCGCGUUAUAUGGAGACUUUCCGGAUUAUGGCUCUUAUCAGGUGUUGGCAAACCUGACCGUUGACUUGGGGGAUUUAGGAGCUGUGUCAAGCUACCGGCGAAGCCUUGACUUGGCAUCGGGUGUUUAUCAGGAUCAGUUCAAGACGCGGAAUGUCGAUAUCACAAGGCAAGUGGAGGCAUUCUGUUCGUAUCCGGAUCAAGUCUGUGUUUAUCGACUAGCAUCCAAUCGAUCCCUCCCGGCGAUCACCUUCGGGCUGGAGAAUCAACUUUCGUCGCCGACCCCCAACGUCACCUGCCAAGGGAGCAGCAUUAGUCUGUACGGCGUCACCGAGCCUACCAUCGGCAUGAUUUACAAUGCCCGAGCGAGUGUAGUUGUGCCGGGACUGAGGACCUCGAGCGAUCUUUGUUCACAGCUCAACGCCACGGUCACCGUCCCCGAGGGGCAACGUGAAGUAUUCCUCGUCUUCGCGGCAGGGACCAACUACGAUGCGUCCAAGGGCAACGCUGCCGCUGGCUUUUCAUUCCGGGGAGAGGACCCCUACGAAGAGGUGCUUCAGACGGCUGUCGGCGCAGCCAAGAAGUCGUUUUCGAAACUGAAAUCGGCACACCUCAAAGACUUUCAAGUGAUCUCAGGCGCAUUCGAACUCUCCCUUCCAGACACAAACAAUUCCUCCAGCAAGCCUACCACGGAGUUGAUCAACUCGUAUACUCUACCCGGAGAUCCUUUUAUCGAGAACCUUCUGUUUGACUAUGGCCGAUACCUAUUCAUCUCCUCGUCGCGGCCGGGAAGCCUUCCACCCAAUCUGCAGGGUCUGUGGACGGAAUCCUACUCUCCGGCGUGGAGCGGAGACUACCAUGCCAAUAUCAACCUCCAGAUGGCGCACUGGGCGGUUGAGCAGACGGGGCUUGGAGAUCUGACUGAGCCGUUAUGGCGAUAUGUCACGGAGACGUGGAUGCCGCGGGGAGCAGAGACGGCGGAGCUGCUCUACGGGACAAGCGAGGGUUGGGUGACCCAUGACGAGAUGAACACAUUCGGACAUACAGCCAUGAAGAACGACGCGCAAUGGGCAAACUACCCCGUCUCCAAUGCCUGGCUCGCCCACCACGUCUGGGACCACUUCGAUUACAGCCAGGACGAAGCCUGGUACCAAGACACAGGCUAUCCGAUCCUUAAGGGGGUAGCGGAGUUCUGGCUCUCGCAGCUUGUUGAAGACGAAUACUUCCAUGACGGCACCUUGGUCGUUAAUCCAUGCAACUCGCCCGAACAUGGCCCUACCACAUUCGGCUGCACCCAUUACCAGCAACUCCUCGCCGAGCUCUUCACCCAUCUCCUGACCACUCCACCCUCGAAACCCACUGCCACCGACGCCACCCUCUUCACAAAGAUCCACAAAGCCCUCCCUCGCCUCUCCCCCGGCCUGCUCAUCGGCAGUUGGUCGCAAAUCCAAGAAUGGAAACUCGAUCUCGACACCCGCAACGACACCCACCGCCACCUCUCCAACCUGUACGGCUGGUACCCCGGCUCCUCCAUCUCCAGUGUCUACGCCACCAAUCGGACCGUCACAGACGCCGUCGCCACCACCCUCUACUCCCGCGGCAACGGCACCGAGGACCAAAACACGGGGUGGGCCAAGGUCUGGCGCAGCGCGUGCUGGGCGGGACUGAAUGAGACCGCCAACGCCUACGCCGAGCUGACGCUCGCGGUGCAGGAGAAUUUCGCGGGAAACGGGCUGAGUCUGUACGGCGGUAGUACGCCGUUUCAGGCGGACGCGAACUUCGGGGUGGUCGGUGCGGUGUUGGAGAUGUUGGUGAGGGAUGGGGAUCGGAGCUAUGAGACUUUGGAGGGGACGCAAAAGGGGCCGCAGGAGGUGGUGCUGGGACCGGCGAUCCCGAGGGCGUGGGGUGGAGGGCAGGUAAAGGGGGUGAGGGUGAGAGGAGGUGGGAAGAAUGCCGUCUCCAAUUUGACUGCCAAUGCCCAGCAAACCACCACCACCACCACCACCACCAAACCAGAGAGAUCCACCAUCCUCACAACGCCCCUCGACAUGACCAACCGUCCCGCCGUUGACGCCUGGAUCGGGCGAGCCGUCGCGCACUUUGGCCGCCUGGAUGGCGCGGCCAACAUGGCCGGCGCAAUGUACUGUCUGCGGGCGGAGGUACGCACGAUCCUGCAGUCGGCGGGGCGAGGCAGUGUGGUCAAUGCGGCGAGUACCCAGGAUCUGCAUGGGUUUGCGCGCCAUGCGGCGUAUUCGGCGACGAAGCAUGGGGUGGUGGGGUUGACGAGGAGUGUGGCUAAGGAGGUGGGGCCGAUGGGUGAGGGUUAA